ACCCAAAUCAGGUCGUUGAAGAACAACUCAACGCAUGGCGCCAGGUGCGAAAUCAGCUUGAAGAAGACAUACAGGUUAUGGGCGACGCUGCAAAGACUGAUAAAACCGGCUGGUUCAAGCGAACAGGGUGGUUGGAGUUCUUGAAAGGCCGGAAUCUUGUUCAUCUAGCCCAUCAAGCCCGCUUACCCGACCGCAACGAGGUGAAAUUGCAGGCAGCCGCUCAGCUAACAGAGCAGCUGAUUGAGAAGUGCGUCAGAGGCUUAGCAACGCUUCCACAGGAAACCCGGCGAUGGCUUCGUAGUGCGCGGCAGACAGAUAUCGAUCAACGACCGCUGGCGCGACUGCAGAACCCCGAGAGUCAGGCGACGUACGCUGGCUACAUGGUCCGAUUCGUCUGCUUCUAUCUUCGCAUCAUCGCAGACGAAGAGCGCCAGAUGGACAAGUAUCUAUUGCAGAGAGAUCAGGCUAUUCACGGCAGCGAGGAGUCAAGCGGCGAUGGUGCUGGCACAGAGAGCGAGUACGACGACAGCGACGACGACAACAAUGCUGAUAGCGACGGCAACGACAGUGUUGUGCCAGAGCGCCGACCGCGUCAAAAAGCGCCGACAGACACAAUGAAGGAUGCGCGUGAAGUGUUCAGCUGGAAGGAGGAUCAGAAGGCGCUGGCGAUUCGGCUGUGGAUUGCUCUCGACAACGGUGACCGAGCAGCUCAAAUCACUGUUCUGCUGGACUCGCUGAGUUCGUUCAUACUUACGAGCUAUGGCAACGAGGUGUUGUCAGCUGGAUUGGUGCAGUUUCUUGCCGUGCUAGGCAUAGACACCGAGACAAAACGCUUGCGCACUGCAAAGAACUACUCGUAUAUGCUAGCAGGGAUGGUGUAUUGCACCCGGGUGGUUGGAGUUGAGAAGCUUCUUCCCGCAGCAGGGCGCGAUGAGCAGACAGAAGAAGCGCGGGACAGGUUCUUGGAAAUGCGCAAGAACGUGCCCGCUGCAACUCGAAAACAAGUUGUUGAACGCUUCAAUCAAUUCGCGCUAGUUGAUGCAGCAGACGUUGAGCUUCCAGAUGAGCCGGCGCGACCGAUAGAAGAGCUUAGGAAACCGCUAGACGGGCUG